AUGCAAUAUAUUAUCGGUUCUUGGUAUCGGAAAGAUGAGCUUGCAAAGCGAUCUUGUAUAUUUCACACCAGCGGUGCUGUCGGUAGCAUGUUUUCGGGGUACCUGAUGGCUUCGGUGCAUCAUCUUGGGGGUCGAGCAGGAUUAAAGGGAUGGCAAUGGUUAUUCGUUGUUGAUGGCAUGAUCUCUCUCCCUAUUGCAAUUGCAGGCUUCUUCAUGUUGCCAGAUGUCCCGGAGAUCACCAACGUCUGGUAUUUUUCUCCCGAAGAACGAGAGUUCGCGAAGAAACGGAUGCAACUUGAAGGUCGUGCCCAACGCGCUCCUUACACGAAAGCAAAGGUCAAGAGAAUUUUCCAAUCGUGGCAUAUUUACUUCUUGUCCGCGCUCUACGUCUGCUUCAACAACGCUGGAGGUUCACAGCCUGCUUUUGCACAAUAUCUCAAAGCUUCCAAACAUCCUAAGUAUACAAUAACCCAAAUCAACGCAUAUCCGACCGCAACUUCGGCGGUAGCAGUUAUCACGACACUGAUAUAUGCAUGGACGUCUGACAGUAUUUUCCAUGGUGCUCGAUGGCCCCCUAUCGUGUUCGGAGGUACCGUUUGCAUUGUGGCCUAUUCUAGUCUUGCAAUAUGGGAUAUACCAGUAGGUUGGCACUGGGCUUGCUAUAUCCUUACCGGCAUGGGCACUGGCAUCUCUGGUUUGUGCAUGGCAUGGGCUCAUGAAAUCUGCUCAGGAGACAACGAAGAGAGGGCAAUUGUUGUUGGGACCAUGAACGAGGCGGCAUACUUCUUCCAGGCAUGGUUGCCUCUUAUUUUCUGGCAGCAAGUUGAGGCACCGAAGUAUCACAAAGGCUUCGUUCUGUCCGCUUUUCUUGAGGCCUCAAUGAUACUGCUGGCUGUCGCCGUCAGGUAUCUUUGGGUGUGGGAACAGGCUGGCAGGGUGAGAAAGGGAGCAAAUCUCAACGCUGCUUGA